AUGCAAGUCAUGCAGAAGUGUGAAAGAGCAGUUGGCAGGUUUGCAUCCAGAGUUUCCUGGAAGUCUGUGACUGCCACAUUUUUCUGCUUUGUGCUGUCUCUGUACCUGUUGUUUGCCUUGAUCAACGACCGCUACAUCCACCACCAUGCCUGGUAUGAGCGGCCGGCACCAUGUGUCACACCACAGAUUAUCAUGGAUGGGAUGGUGGAGCUGACGUUUUCUGUUACCCGCUUGCUGUCCAAGCUGAAUAUAUCACAUGUUAUUUGUUACGGGACAUUGUGGGGCGCCUUGAGACAAGGAAAGAUUUUACCUUGGGAUAAUAAUGUUGAUUUUUGCUUACUCAAGAAUGAAAUCGAGAAAGUGCCUUACUCCACCCUUCAAGCAGAGUUCAAAUCCCAGCAGAUAGACUUGACCUAUGACCAUCGGCAUGGAGAUUACAUCGCUACACGUGGCCCUGCUCAAGCAAUCAUCAGUGUAUUUUAUAUCACCAUCUAUGACGAAGUGUUUAAAGAUGGAUUGGAACAUAGAUUAAUGUGGUUUUUCCAGGAUAAACCAGUAUCAUUUCCUGCUCGACUGAUCGAAAGCCCGUUCAACACAGCCAUGUUUCAUGGGCAGCAGAUACCAGUGCCCCACGAUGGGAUUGAGAUCCUCAAAUAUCUCUACAAGGAUGAUUGGUGGUUGGAGAAACCCCCCAUUGGAUGCAGAUCCCCAAACUGA